CGCGCGGGCCUUGAGAUUAGAGGGAGAGCGUUUCGGCCGAUUGCGUUAUCUCGAUUAUUGUCGCCGUAUGGAGGAAACAAGGUACGGUUAUCACACGCCCGCAGAGAUAACCAUUAUCGGAGCAGGGUGUGCACCGACUUGCGCGUCGCGGCCGCUUGUGAUUGUUACGACUUAGGGCGUUAGACGAGGCGGAUCUCCUCGCGGGACCUGUGCAUCCGGGAUGAGUGUCCAGAAUAUCGUCGCGACGACGCUGCUGUUGGCCGUAUGCGGGCCGCUGCGGUGCUCCGGGCAGCAAGACCUGGAGUUCCAGUUCCGCACGGUGAAGUACGGGGAUCCGUGCCUGAGGGACCGGAACUGCAUGGACAACGCGUUCUGCCGUUAUCAGAAGGUCUGCGCCUGCGAAACGUAUUAUUCGCCGACGGCCGACAAGUCGAUGUGCAUCGCGAGUGAGGGGACGUCCUGCGCCAGCGACGCCGAGUGCUCGACGAUGGCACACGCCAGAUGCCGGCAAGGGAAAUGCGCCUGCAAGGACACUUAUCUGUUGGACACGCGGAACUCGUCGAACUGCAUCAGCAGGCCGACGGCGGAGGGCGAUCGCUGCCAAAGGGAUGACGACUGCCAGGAUUCCAUGGGCCGGGCGAUGUGCCUCGGGGAACGCUGCAAAUGCAUCAGCAACUAUCAUUUCAGCAACACGACCGGCAAAUGCAUCCAAACGCGAGGUCUCUACAAUCUGUGCAAGAACAGCGACGAGUGCAGGAACAACGGGCAGGUCCUUGAAUGCAGAAACGGCGAGUGCCUGUGCGCGCUAGGAGAGCCGGGCUGCAGCAAAGCGGCUCGACACGCGAUCCUAGGAAUUUCUGCGGUGCUUCUGUUGUUUCUACAUCGGCUGAUUUGAGGCCAGCCUUACGCCGGUGCCGCGGUGCCGGAUUAUCGGGACGAUUGCUUCCGGGACUUGUGUUUGUGAAUCAUCCCGCCGUUCGGAAAUUCUACGAAAUCUUAUCGCAAUCGUUUUAGUUAAGGUUCGAAUAAAGAUCGAUGAAUGUUGAGUCACGCAAGAUUACUAACCAGUUGUAUGUGUAAUAUGAAAAGAACAGAUGUCAGCAAUGUGAAAUAAAGAUAAUUGCUUUUUGUUACCUAA